AGAACCGUACGACAGGAGCGGCACCCGAAGACUGCGCGGUCCCGGCGGGGGAGAGGUACCGCGGGCCGGCCGCGCGCCCUCGUGGCCGAUGUUAUCCCGGGGUCGAGGAAGACGGGACGUUUGCGGAGUCUGGCAGAGAGCGGUGAAGACGAUGGGGGUGCGGGAGCAUUGUCUUUCUGAGGAACGGAUGAGAGAUCAACGACUGCCUAGCGUCCUUCUCUGGGAGUACGGUGAUCUCCAGAGAGCCCUUUUCAGUCCUACAGCUCUGGUUCUGAUCUUGCUGUGGGGUGAGGGCAGCGGUGAAGCCGUUUUUGCUGGCGAUUGGCCUGAAUAUGCGAGUGGUUUCUUCAGCAUUGGAAUGAAAGAUCCUGGUGGUGUGUGGCAGGUCCUCUCCUGGAGGGAUGGAAUUGAUGGAGGGGGAGAGGUGAGAAGUUCUGCCUGUCCUCCCGUGUGGGGAAUCUGGAGUCCGUGGUUCUAUUUCCUGUACUGGGGUAACCUGUUGUCUGCCUUGGUGAGUUCCAACACUGCAGAGCUCUUUUUUUCUUCAGGUCCUGAUGCAGCUGGUGUUCUGGGAGGAUAUUCAACAUCCUCGGUUGGUAGCUGGGCUCCUGUGAAACUGCAGAGGUGGAAGCAGAGAAGCUGUCUCGAGAGGCUGGAAGGGAGGUGGAAGCCAGUGAAGCCAGCUCUUCUUGGCCCUGUGUUCUGCCUGAAGGCCUGCCUUUCACUUUAUCACCUUGCUGAAGCAAAACUGUGUAGGAGGACUUGUAACCGACUCUGUUUGCAUUUCAAGGUAUGUCCCAAAGAUAUUGGUAGCAACCAUGUUUACUUCUGUGGGGUGGGAAGCAAGUGAUGCAUCAGUUUUGCAGAGGAAUGAUUAGCUCAGUACGGUUACUUUUUUUAUAAAGACUGUUCUGACUAAGGCAGAAGUGCUCUGUGGUACACGUAGCCAUGAGCA